GAGUGGCAAGUUGUUUGUUCAGCGAGCCCAGCUGCUCGCCCCGCGCCGCUGCUCUGCCCGGCUCCGCUCCGCGCCCGCCCCGCAACUUCGGCACCCGCAUCCCCGCCCCCGGAGCCGGGUAGGGGGAGAAGGAGCCGGGGAGAGGGGAGGAAAAAAGGACAAAAAGGAAGGGGGGGGGGAAGAAGAAAAAAAAAACAACCAACACAACCACCACCACCACCACCACCACCGAGGCAGCGACAAUAACAGCCCCCCCUCCCCCUCCCCAUUCAAAAACACAAAAUAAACCCCGGGGAUAGAUGAACUACAAAUGAGAAAGAGGAAAAGAUGGAACUGCACAUCCUAGAGCACAGGCUCAGAGUGGCCAGCAUAGCCAAGGAGAGCAUCCAGUUGUUUACCUAUGGAUUAAUCAAACUUGCUUUCCUGUCCUCCAAGACGAGAGGAAGGAAAACCCCAUCGCUCUGCCCGCUGCCUCGCGUGCAUCUCAGCGCCUGGGCCUUCCCCAGCCAAACAACUGGAAUUGCAAAUGCUUCUUCUGGUGCCUUCCCUCGGCUCGGUGACUUUGUGGCUCUAUUCAGAACGAGGAAUGGCGAUGUAAAUAGCGCAGCCCGAACUCUUCUUGUUUUUCCAGCCUGGUGCAAGUUCUUCAGCCUCACGGAAACCCCCGAGGACUACACCAUCAUUGUGGAUGAAGAGGGCUUCCUAGAGCUCCCUUCCUCCGAGCACCUGAGCGUGGCCGAUGCCACAUGGCUUGCCCUCAACGUGGUGUCCGGCGGAGGCGGUUUCUCUGGCUCCCAGCCCAUCGGCGUGACCAAAAUUGCCAAGUCAGUCAUAGCACCACUAGCUGACCAAAACAUCUCAGUGUUCAUGCUCUCCACCUAUCAGACAGACUUCAUCCUGGUAAGAGACAUCAGAGGGGCGGGCAGGGUCGCCUGUCAGCAGAUGGCACUUAAUGGCACUUCAGCGACACUUGGGAGAACCAGUUGCUUGAGGAGCAGCAGGAGCACCAAGGUACGUGAGCGAGACCUGCCCUUCGUCAUGCACACGCUGGCUGCAGAGUUCACCAUCCUCAGAGUGGUGAAUGGGGAGACGGUGGCUGCCGAUGACCUUGGGAUAACAAAUGGAUUUGUCAAACCAAAACUGGUUCAGAGGCCUGUCAUUCACCCCCUUUCCAGUCCGAGUAAUAUGUUCUGCGUCACCAGCCUGGACCCAGAUACCCUUCCCACUGUUGCUACACUCCUCAUGGAUGUCAUGUUUUACUCCAAUGGAGUAAAGGACUCGGUGGUGGGCAAUGAAGACUCGGGACACAUUCGCUUUUUCUCCUUUUCUCUCAUCGAGGGUUACAUCUCCUUGGUCAUGGAUGUCCAGACACAGCAGAGAUUUCCUAAUAAUUUGUUGUUUACAAGUGCAUCUGGUGAACUCUGGAAGAUGGUGCGGAUUGGUGGGCAGCCCCUUGGCUUCGAUGAAUGUGGAAUUGUCGCUCAGAUUUCUGAGCCUUUGGCCGCGGCCGACAUCCCAGCCUACUACAUCAGUACUUUUAAGUUCGAUCACGCGUUGCUGCAGGAGUGCUCUGGAAGUCAUUCCCUCUCUGGGAGGCAUUGCCAAGAUGGGAACCUUCAGCUCUCCAUGGAUGGAUGAGGUGGGGCUGGGCUGGAGGCAGCUUCCAGUGAGCUUUUCCAGGUGCUCUGCUCCCUUUGCCUCCUACUUGGAGGUUCCUUGCUCAUCUUCCCCAGCAUUUUGCACCUACCGAGGCUGGAGCUGUGGUUGGGAAGCAGUUGGGAGCUUUGCUAUGGCUCUCCUUGUGGCUGUGUGAUCUGCCCUCUGGCUGCCAGUGAGCACGUUGCACCAGUUGCCCUCUUUAGGGAUCUCGAAGGUGUCGUGCACAACUAGGAUGUGUCCCACAGAUCAAGACUUUGCACAUCCGUCCUGGAGAAAACGAAGCCCAGCCCUUCAUUGUGUGACUGAUAGUGCCUUGGCAUUAAGGGAGCCAGGCAGCAUUCAACAUACAGGGAAAAAACAAUGAAGGAGGAAGUGGAGCUUCAUAGUCCUAUUUCAUGUGAUGGAUGUUUGCUGGAGUUCUCUUCCAAACCCAGAAGAAUUGGCCCUGUGGUUCUUUUAAGGUUAUUUUCUUCCUUUCCCAGCAGACCUUUGUUCACACAUCAUCAGAGUUAGCAGCUCCUGUUCCAUCUUCCUGCUGGAAAAUUGAAUGCUUUUCUUGUUAUUUCUCAUAGGUUUUUUUUUUUCUCUCUCUUUUUUUUUUUUUUUCUCUCAGUUUUGUUAAAAAGCUCUCAGAAACUCACAGUGCAGCCAUAUUUCCACUGAGCUCAGAGGGUCUCCAAUGAAUCCAGGUAUUGUGCUCCUGGCCAAGGAGUCAAAUACCUCGCAGAGGAAGCAGUCCC